UUGUUCAAUUGAACGAUAUGUCAACCAAACUGUGAUCAUGCAUCGCGUUUGGUGCAGGCAUCUCACGGGCAAAUCCCGCGAGAUCUGAGAGGUUCUCCUGCUGGUUCUCCUGGUUCUGCUCCCACUGGUUCCCAGUAUGUCAGGCAGGAGGGCCCUGCGGGCGGUGCUGGUGGACCUGAGCGGGACGCUGCAUAUCGAGGACACGGCCGUAGCAGGAGCCCAGGAGGCUCUGAGCAGGCUCCGCCAGGCCGCGGUGGCCGUGAGGUUUGUGACGAACACGACUAAGGAAUGUAAGAGGAAUCUUCUGGAACGCCUGCGACGCCUGAACUUUGACCUCCAGGAAGAGGAGAUUUUCACAUCACUGAGUGCAGCCAGGAGAUUGGUUGAGCAGAACCAUCAGCGACCUCUCCUAUUGGUGGAGGACAGCGCCCUGGAAGACUUUGCGGGUCUAGAUACGUCCAACCCUAACGCUGUAGUGGUGGGCCUCGCUCCUCAACACUUCAACUACCAGACGCUGAACACAGCCUUCAGGCUGGUGUUGGAAGGCGCCCCCCUAGUGGCGGUCCACAAGGCCCGGUACUACCAGAGAGGGGACGGCCUGGCCCUGGGCCCCGGGCCCUUCGUCACCGCCCUGGAGUACGCCAGCGGCCGCAGCGCCGUGGUCGUGGGGAAACCCCAGGAAACCUUCUUCACUCAGGUCCUGUCAGAGCUGGGAUGCAGCCGUGAAGCGGUCAUGAUAGGAGACGACGCCAGAGAUGAUGUGGGAGGGGCCCAGAAUGCAGGAAUGAGGGGCAUCUUGGUGCGGACCGGUAAAUACAGAGUAGGAGAUGAGAGUAAGAUCAGCCCUGGUCCCUACCUCACCUGUGACAGCUUCCCCGACGCUGUGGACCACCUGCUGAAGGACCUGCUCUGACCAGAACUACACAUACACAACUACAAUGAGACAGCAUUGCAGCAAUAAGAACCAUCCUCCAAAAACCACAAAUCCAGCAUGUAGAACUAUGACAACGACAGUAUCCAGACCAUUAUUAAAUGUAAAUAUAAUAAUAGUAGUUAUAUCAAAAUACCAGCUACUAAAUCAUGAGGUGUAAAAUGUCUAAUGGAAUCUUAAUAAAGACCUCAGAACCUUGA